ACCUAUGCGGAAUUAAUAAGAAGGGGAUGAUUUUUUGUUAAACGAAACUGCUUCUUUAUUAUUUGAGAUGCGCGUGGAUGUUUCUUCAGCUAGAUACUAACCGCGAAACUAUCAUUUCAAACCCGUGAAGUGUUUUCCUUCUCACGACUGUUAGCAUAUUAGCGGACAGAAAGAGUUCUUAGACAUUCAAGAUGGGAGACACAGCAAACGAACAACAUGGUCGUACAUCUGCAAACAAUUUGGAUGAUGGAAUAUCGCGUCUGGACAAGACAUUAAAUAAAAUCUACCUCCCAGAAAUCAUGGCAGCCAGACGGGUUAUUCAUUCCCGCAUGCGCAAAAAGCGGGAAAGGCAAAUGGCGGGUGGUCCCCGAAACGGCCCUACAUUGUACGACUACAUCAUGGAGAGCAGGAGACGGAAAGGUGGUGGACAGUCAGUCGGUAUGGGAGAGCAACAACCGCUCGAAGACGUUCCAGAGGGCGACGAAAAGCGCGAACACCAAGCUCCUACCCGACAGGACAGUGCCUUCCAGAGCGUGGAUCUGUCAGAGAUAGCGGGGCUCCGGGAGGACCCCAAUCGGACCCCAACUCCUCAGCCCACUUUCACGGACGGCCCCCAACAGGUUCGCCAGGAACGUCAGACAGACAGGACGGAGGCUGUGGCCGCACUUGCCACGGUAUCGGAGAAAACUCCGAAUUCCCGGUCGUCAUCAGGUCAGUCGUCCACUAAGUCCGAAGAGCUUCACGAACGUUACGAGCUCCAGGUGAAACCAGGCUACGCGGACGCUCAGCAGGUAGAAAUGGCAACAGCGGCGUGCAGAGUCAAUGAUCAGCGGAGAAACUCGUACCAUAGCACCACAGAUCGAAAAGUUAACUACAGACAAAAUUCAGCGUCUUCGGAUCCGGGGGAAGUGAGAGAGAAGUCUGUGAAGAAAAAGCAACAACAGCGGCAGGCGAAUGACCUUGACCUCGCCCAGAAGAUCAUUCUUAAGCGGAAGGUUGAGGAGUACAUAGACAGACAGGAACCGGAGACGACCAUUGAUGAAGUCGCUGAAUCCAGCACCAAGGAAGCGGCCUGGGCAGAGGAAUCGGAGGUCAAAGAGGAUGUAGUGAAGGAGUCGACUGAGAAGACAAAACACCACGGACGUGAAUCCAUCCAGACAGUGGUCUCUCAUAGAUCUGAAUCCUCAUCUGGGAAUUCCCCAGUAACGAGCCGCGAUGAGGUGUCGUCUGCCAUAUCCACCAAAUCACCCGAUGGAGUUAUAAGUGAGAAUUUCGAGAGACCGGAAAGCGGGACUAAAUCCCGUCCUUCCAUGGCGGGAUCUGACCUGAAUCCCCACCCUGUUCUACCGGGCAUCGGUACCCCUCCGGUCACGGAUGACAGUGGGUCCCUUCAACAAGAGGAAUCAGAGGAAGACGAUAACUUCCCUGUGGCUGAAGCUGUAACGGCGGGGGCAGUGGCGGCGGGGGCAGGAACCGCGGCGGCUGUUGCCAUCAAAGCGAACAAUUCGGAGAAAACCAAAAAAGAGAAAACCAAAGAGAACAAGAAACAAAGAAAGGACAGAAAGUUGUCUGCUAAAGUGGCAGAGGAAGCCAGUAAAGCUGACAAGCCGAAAGUUAAAGGGCCGAAAGCGGAUGCAGCAAGAGAAAAUGCGCCACAGAAGCCGGAGAAAAAGGAAAAAUCGAAAGAGGACAAGAAACCUUUGUCUUUGAUUGACAUGAGUCCAGGUGAAAUGAAAUCUACAAUAGAUGCAUUAGACAAAAUGGUGGACGCCAAUAUUCAAGAUGUUAUAGACAAUACGAAAGGCAAGAAACCAAUAAAAUCGACAGACUCAGAAAAUGACCGCCGAAUGGUGAAGGCUGUUAUGAACCCAGCCUUUCAAGCGGAAAUUAACAAUUUCCUGGCACAGACGUAGAUCAACAAGUUGUUUUCUUUCCUCAAAAUCGUUGGAUGCAUUUUAUUGUUGGAUGGGUAUUCAAGAGUGAAAGUAAGCACUUGGGUAUGAUGAAACCUAUAUGAUAUUGACAUUUCAAGAGAUAUUUCACUUUGUAUAACAUCAUCGAUGGAUAUUUUUCACUUAACACAAAUGUUGAUCUUCUGCAUAUAAAUGUAAUGUUGUUGACAUGGGGAUGUUCUCAGUAUUGGAUAUUAUAGCUAACAAAUGCCUUUCUCUUGGGCACAACCAAUAUCAACCCUACAAAGGGCGUCCACCUGAAUGUUUGCUAUUGUUGGUGAUGCGGUCUAAAUGAUAUUGAUAAUUAACUACCAUUUAGGUGUCAGUUAAUAAUGACAACAACAAUGUUGUAGGUACACCUGAGAGAUGCUGCAAGCUGUAGACCACCCUACAUGACCACAUACUGUCAUUUCCUUGCCGCACAUCAGAAGCAAACACACAAAUACUGAGAACUGUUUUUCCUUACAUCUGUUAUAUACUGACACUUUUCCCUCACUUGCUCAUUCAAGAAUACAUUAAUGUAAAAAACGCGUUUCAUCAUUCUGUGAUACGGAUCAUUACUGUGAUAUACUAUCGUCUUUUUGAUGUGCAUGUGUAGGCCUAGGGCUGUGUGUUGAAUGUGCACACUCUUCCAUGUUUAUGAGCACCUUCGUUAUUCCCAGUUUUAUGUAUAUUUAUUGACUGUCUAACUCAUUGUUCUAGUACGUGGUGUUGUACUAAUAAACUCUUACUUACAUGUUGUCUUUUCUAACAUUUGUACAAUAAUACUCUCAGAUCACCGAUUUUCCCCACAGCUAGGAUUGCUUGCUUUUAAUAUCUGUUUCAAAUAAACGAAGGAUCUAAAUCACAGUUCAGGUCGUCAAACAGUGAACGGAAGAUUGUUAUUUGGAAGUAGAAGAAGUUUUCUAUGAAAGGCAUUCGUGUGUAAUAACCGAUGCUUCAAACCAUGUACCUAGUCGAUAACACUUGCUUAAAACAUUAACAAGGUCAUUAUUUGUAUUAUACAAAAUAUCAUGCUAUGAAUCAAGAAAAAGUGUAAA